GCACGCGCGAACGUGCACAGCCGAUGAGAAAAGAGAGCGCGCGAGAGAGGGGGAGAUAGAGGGAGGAGAGGAUGCGACCAGUGUUGUAGAUGGACCGUUUCUCUAUACGGAUGCUCGAAUGUGCGAACACAUAAUUUUUAAAAUUUUAAAUCGUCUCCCAGGCUCGUUUGAAGACUGCAAACUAAAUCAGGUGACAAGAUGGGGAAUGGUUCGAUGAAAUCAAAGCGUUACAAACACACAGACGGCUCUGCUGCCGCCUCCGACGGCCGACCCCACAAAGAUCAGGGGUUCAAAAACUCGCCCCUGGACUCCCUGAGGGCCCAGGUGGAUGAGCUGGAGCGAGAUGGCAAGAGGAGGGAUGAGGAGCUUUGUGCCAAAGAGCUACAGAUCAAGACUCUCCAGGAGCAGCUGGCCAAACAGACGCGAGCUCUGGCCGAGCUGAGCGAGGAGCUGCAGAACAAGUGCAUCCAGCUCAACAAACUGCAGGACGUGAUGAAGAACCAGAGCGGGGCCUCGGCAGGUCUGGCGUCACGGCCCCCUUCCAUCAGAGUUGCCAGCAGGGGCAGCCCCAACCUUAGUGUUCGCAUCAAGGAAACCCUCAACAGAAGGAAAGGGGCCAAAGCCGGGGUGUCGGCCGAACCCACAUCCAGGACCUACGACUCCAGCAGCCUGCCAAAGUUCUCUUUCGAGAAGGCCCGGGUACCGAAGGAUGCAAGUGUAAAGAAGCUGCUGACAGACUCCCUGAACAAGAACCAGUACCUGAAGAGGCUCGAGAUGCAGCAGCUUAAAGAUAUGGUGGAGUGUAUGUAUGAGCGCACCUACCAGCAGGGAGAGUACGUCAUCAAGCAGGGAGAGCCUGGGAACCAUCUGUUUGUGUUGGCAGAUGGGAAGCUGGAUGUGUUUCAACAUAACAAACUGCUCACAUCAAUAACCGUGUGGACCACAUUUGGAGAAUUAGCCAUUCUGUACAACUGCACACGGACGGCAUCAGUGCGAGUGGUGAACAAAGUGAGGGUGUGGGCUUUGGACCGGGAGGUGUUUCAGAACAUCAUGAGGAGGACGGCUGAGACGCGACAUGAACAGCAUCGCAACUUCCUCCGAAGCGUUUCACUCUUGGCUAAUCUGCCAGAAGACAAGCUAAGCAAAAUAGUGGACUGCCUCGAGGUGGAAUACUAUGACAAGGGAGAGCACAUCAUCCGGGAGGGAGAGGAGGGCAGCACCUUCUACAUCAUCGCGCAGGGAAAGGUGAAUGUGACCCAGACCACCGAGGCCCACAAGCUGCCGCAGAUCAUCAACACGCUGCAGAAGGGAGACUACUUUGGAGAGAAAGCCCUUAUAAGUGAUGAUGUCAGGUCAGCUAAUAUCAUCGCCGAUGAGGAUGGGGUGGAGUGCCUCGUCAUCGAUAGAGAGACAUUUGAUCAGACAGUGGGCACCUUCAAUGAGCUGCAGAGGUACCUCCAAGGCUACGUGGCAACACUUGAUCGUGACGACAAGAAGAGACAUGCCAGGAGGUCCGUAUCGCGCCACCAGAGCCAGCCGCUGUCGCCAGACGUCAUCCAGUUGAAGGACCUUGUGGCCGUGUUUCCUCAGUCCAGGCCCUUCGACCACCUGGAGCUUGUCGCUACUCUCGGGGUCGGCGGCUUUGGACGAGUAGAACUGGUAAAGGUGCAGAACGAAGACGUCACCUUUGCACUGAAAGUCAUCAAGAAGAAGCACGUCGUAGACAACAGGCAGGAGGAGCACAUCCACUCGGAGAGGAAGAUCCUCGCCGAGGCGCGCUCACCGUUCGUUGUCAAACUGUAUCGCACAUUUAAGGAUAACAAGUAUGUGUACAUGCUGCUGGAGGCCUGUCUAGGUGGAGAGAUUUGGAGUCUGCUCAGAGACAGGGGGAGUUUUGAUGAGCCCACUGCCAAAUUCUGUGUUGGUUGCGUCACAGAGGCUUUUGAUUACCUCCAUCGCAAGGGUGUCCUCUACAGAGACCUGAAGCCGGAGAAUCUCAUGCUUGAUACCGAGGGAUACAUCAAACUGGUUGACUUUGGUUUUGCCAAGAAGAUCAGAUGCGGCCAAAAGACCUGGACCUUCUGCGGGACACCGGAGUACGUGGCCCCUGAGAUCAUCCUCAACAAAGGCCACAACUUCAGUGUAGACUUCUGGGCUCUGGGCAUCCUGGUGUUUGAGCUCCUUACUGGCAGUCCUCCGUUCUCAGGGAGUGACCAGAUGAUGACGUACACUUUCAUCUUGAAAGGAAUCGAGAAGAUGGACUUCCCCAAGAAGGUCACAAAGAGACCCGAGGACCUCAUACGCAAGCUGUGCAGGCGGAAUCCCUCAGAGCGACUGGGAAACCUCAAAAAUGGAAUAACUGAUAUCAAGAAGCACAGGUGGUUUAACGGCUUCAACUGGGAGGGACUGAAGGCGAGGACUUUACCAUCUCCACUGAAAAGAGAACUUACAGGACCGACAGAUCACAGCUAUUUUGACAGCUACCCUCCAGAUGAGGACAGUCCUCCUGAAGAGCUGUCUGGUUGGGAUAUGGACUUUUGAGACCUAUUGCUCCAUCUUUCCAUUGUUGUCUUUUCUUUGCACACCAUAACCAAAGCUUGAGGGGCAAAGGCCACCUUACAUCAACUCGGGGCAACAUGGUGGAGGACCUCAGGUUCUGGGCAACAGUAGCUGCAGUUAGCGGGUUACUUGCUGAACUAAAGAUCGGCCGUCUCAACACAAAUGAACAGUUAUAGGCAUAUUUUCCUUUGAGUUUGACUGUGAAACAGUUUGUAAUGUAACAAUCACUGUCCUUUUGGUUAGUAUAUCUGACUGGCACUCAAGCUAAUCUAGUACAAUGUAGCGCUAAUAGUGAACAGUAGUAGCGGCAUGUUAGCAUAGCAAGCUAGAAUCUGUAAUACUGAAAAGCUACUGAGGUUCUCCACAAUCUGCUGCUACUGCAUGUUGCAGUGGAUAAACACUCACCUAAACCGAAAACAAAGCUGGCAGUGUUUGUGGGUGGGAAGCCAUUGAGGAAUCAAGUCCUUGGAUGGUUGGGGAAAUUGCGCAAAACAAAAUAGGCAAUAGGCAUAGAUUAAAAAACUAAAUGUAUUCGUUACUUUGGAGUUGGGUAAUGAGAAUCAGCUCUGUUUUGUAACCAGUUCAAACAUUCUAGCAACCUAGAAUUCAUGAAGGAACAUGCUUUUUCAUUCAGCUAUUUGGAUCCCAACAAUAACAUUUCAAUGGCAAAGUUUGGCCUCAAUGCGCUUCAGUGUACAGUUCCAGUUAAGGCUCAUGUACAGUGUUUACAAAAUGGCGAACCGGAACUAGCACUAAAAAGUGUUGCACAAAAGAAAACAGUGGGAACAAGUAAAAAGGCCAAUGUUAUACAAGUUAAAUCACUGAUGAGAGAGUAGUAACGUUAACAACAUUUUCACCACAUACUGUACCAACAUUUGAUGUUUUGUUAUCUUUGCUGAAGUUUCUAAGUUGGUAGAGUAAUUGAUUACAGCUUUAGCUUUUCUAAGCUUCAUCUCCUACUGCUUUGGAGGGAGUAAGUCUUGAAAAAGACCAGUGUCCUGUGUCACAGUAUUAAUGUUUUUACGGUCCUUAAUCAAUCUACAGCCAUAUAAUAAUCUUUCACGGAUACCUAAAAAAUAUAGUUUUCAGACACUUUUCUCUAGGCCCUCAUGAUGGUUCCAGAUGUGGCUGGCGGGGAAAUUUGUGAUACAGCUGCAAAGUCUUUAUUUCUUACAGCUGACAGAAUUUGUGAUUACAUUGGCAGUUUUUUUACGACUGUUGAGGAAUGGAGGUGUGUGGUGAGGAGAUCAUGUGUGGAGAUGACACUGUAACUUGAGAACAAACUCGGGAGAAGAGAUUCUACUUAACUGCUUAGACGGCAUCGAACCACAACGCAGUACUGUCCCUGUGUUCUUUGUGCCAACAGUGGUAUCCUCACAGUCCCUCCACUGCCCAAACUAGACACACAUAAAAACAUGAACACCUUCCACACUUAAGCUCUAGAGUGUGAGCAUCACGCAGCAGGGUGCCUGACCUGAAGAAAUAUUUACCUUUUUGAAGCUGAGUCAACUCUGCGGUCCCCAGCUUCUCAAGAAGAAGGGCAGUUCUGCUCGGUCUGAGGCGUUGAUAAUGUGAUGAGGAGCAGCAAAGAGGCCAAACUGAGCAGAAAACCAUCAGGGUUUACCUUGGGGGGUUUUCAGGAACUUAGGGUUAAAAAUAUAUGUAUUUUCCAUUUUCAAACACUUGAGGUUUACAGUAAAUCGACUAUGUACCAUGUGUCUAUGUAUAACCUGAAUACUGUAAAGCACAAGCAUAAAAAAUACACAAUUUAUACAAUCCAAGCUACAUGUUCCUUUAUGGAAACCUUAAAAACUGGGUGAGUGAAUCUUGUAAAUAUCACAUAUAUAUGUAUACAUUGACUGGUGAAUGUGUGUGUACAGUAUGUACAGUGUGUGAUGUUGUCGGUGUAUGGAAGCAUCUGAAAUUCCUGGAAAAGCUGUGGCCUUAAGAUAAUGACUACUGAUUGCAGGAUACAGCUGUGUUUGUUAAUUAUUGUUUUUUUUAAUUUGACAUUUUGUAAUUGAAUGAAAUAGUUUUCUUAAAUUGGUCAAUUGAAAUUUUAUUUUAUGCCACAAUAGAUUAUUAUUAAUUAUUUUAUUUUCUUACCAAUAUGUGCAGACCUUUUUUUAGUGGGGACAUUUUGACUUGCCAAACACAGAGGUAUGUAAAGACAUUAGUGAUAGCUGCAUUUCAUUUUGUUCAGUGCCAGGCCUGAUAAUCAAACUAAGUUCAUGUUUGCCAAUUUCUGUUGGCAAGUUAUGUUUUGUUUUGCUGUAACCAAACAGUAGCGAGUGUUCAAAAAGUUCAAAACAAAAACAAAAAAAAAACCUUAAAAUUUAAGAUUUUAAGACAUUACUUUUCCCAUUAGAUUUACAACCUGUCUAGCUGCGUCAAUUUCACCCACACUUUUCACUUUUUGUGACCAUUAUUUGCUGCUAUUUUUCAUGAAUGUAGUUACAUUGCUGUCUAGCUGUAAAAAAUGAUAAAAGGCCUGUACUUGAACUGCUAAAGAAAUCAGGGAUUUGGGCAGCAAUUCAGAGGUCUGCAAGGCUAGCCACAACCCUGUUUUUAAGCAUGCUGGCUUACAGGACCCUUAAAUAAAACAAUUUAUAAUGUCAUCACACUUGCUUUACUGCAAUGACAAGUCAAAUGUCUGCCACUAGAAUGACCUGUUGUUCAAUUUGUGCGGAUUCAUGACUGAACUGUACCUCAAAAUAAAGUUUUACAAAAACAGAAAUGUAACCAAACUGUAACAACGGCAACAUGUAUUUAGACCUCAUGUUUACUGAACAUUGUUAGUGCUAAAAGAUAUCAAAUAUCGAAGCCUAUAUUAAGGCAAGGGGAUAAAACAUAAAAAAGUGUAUCUACUGUACAUGAUUUCAAAAGAAUGAAAACACCCAAUUUUUUUUUGCACACAAUUUUGGCUGUUGCAACACAUUACACUGUACUAUCUACAACUGCCUAAGUCAAGACAAAUCCUACAAAUACUGUACGUGUAUAUAAAAUGUAAAUAUUGACGUUUUUGGGCACUAUAUUAAAGUUAAAGGCAAACAGUUAUACUGUAAAUAAAGAUAUGCUUCUAAGUUUUGCUAUU